AUGUCUUCAUUUAGGAGUGAGCAUGUGUUCCCAGAGAAGUUAAGAAUUCCUUCUGCAGUGGAACUUGAAGACUCUGAUGCUGGAUGGGAUCUUGACAUUGAUGAGCCACCACAAGCUGUUAAUAAAAAGCCAAGAAUAAGUAGUAACUGUACAAACAGGAGCUGGGACAAAGAAGUAGCAGAAAUAUUAUGCGAUAGUGCUAUGGCAGAUAUUCCUGGGUCUACAGAAGAAAAAUCAGAAGAAAUUAAUGUUUUGCGGAAGAACACCAAAGUUUUUAAAAAGUCUGAAAAACUACAUAAUGUUUCUCUGAAAGCAAAUGAUGUAAACAAUGAUAUAGUGAAGGUUUUGAAGCUCAAAGAUGCCCUUGCUUAUAGUGAGGAGAAACAUACAUCUUCAACUGCUUCUUUUGAGGCAGGCAUAUGGAACGGAAUUCUGAAGCAAGGGCAUGCAGAAAACAGUGUAUUUGUUGAAGCAUCUGUUCAGCAGCAUACUAGUGAAGACUGUGUGACCAGUAGAGGAGUGACACCAUCUGCCUUGGGUACUGGUCACUCAUCAAAAGAUGGAACUACAGUUCAAAGACCUUAUAAGGGAAUAAUAAAUAGAGAGGAAAACCAGAGCAUAGAAGAAAACAGGGCUAAUAAUAACCCAGAAGAAAAAUACUCAUAUCCAUCUGUAUACUUAAACAAGAAAGAACAUGAAAUAAGUCUACUGAGUUCAUCUGCUGAGGAAACAGAAUGCAGGUGGGAGGAGACAGAGGUCUCUGACUCAGAUGAUCCUUUAGAGGAGUGUAGGAAAAUUUUUGAAGAGUUCGAAGGAGAAGCACGAAGGAAGAACAGGGAUAAGCAGGACCAUGGAGGAGAAGUAGAGUUCAAUUCAUUAGAAACCAAACUAAAUGCUCCUGGAAAAAAGAGAAGAAUUGCACACAGAGCAAAAUUUGAUGUACACAACAGAAGUGAAGUGGAGCUUUUCACAGUAUGUCCUCAGCAGUGGGGUUGUGAUGUGGAAAUUCAGCAGAUACACUGUCAGGCAAUGGACUCUGCUGCUGCAGUUAGAGGGGGACAAGCUCUUAUGGAUACAGCCUCUGAACAGAAGACUAUGUCUGGGUUGUCAGCUACUCCCUUUCAAAGCAUUGGACCCCUGGCCUCUGUAAAUCUGCUUGAAGUUCAGCCCAUUGAAAUCAGCAGUGCUCAAGUGUCGACACUACUGGAAGGAGAUGUUGUAGUAGCAGCAAUACCCUCUGGACCUUCUCUUAGCUCAUUCAUGAGGACGAUUCCUGUGUCAUACAAGAAAAAGCGUUCCCUUCCAACACCAGCAUCCAAGGUACCACCUGAAACAAGACAGCGAUAUAUAAGUUUCUUUUUUGCAGAAUGCAUCAAAAUUUGUAGUACAAUGAAUGAGGCUUUUGACAAGGCCCUGAUAGCAGAGCAAUCUGUUUAUGAUCGUUGUGGAAAUAAAAAAAUGUACUUGAAUUUUGCUGUGCAAGCUCUCAAAAAGCUGAGAGAUCAUGGGCAACUUAGUAACUGCAGAUCUUCCAGUGACUCUGGAUCUGUAAAAUCAGAGGAAGAGCAAGCACUCACAGGUUAUGCGCUAUAUGAGCAUUUAAAAGAUUAUCUCCUGACUGAGGAACAAUUGAAUGAAAAUAAUUUCCCUCGACCAGAUCCUGAAAAAAAUGGUAGUGCUAUACUUUCUAGGAUUGUAAACAAUGCUGAUUAUGAUGCUUUCAAAAGAGUGUGCUGUAGGUGUGGUGAAGUGUAUGCUGUUACUUCUUCAGGAGAACAUAGACGUAAAGAAGAAUGCAACUAUCAUUCUGGUAGAGUAUUGAAACAAAGAUUUCCAGCUGACAUGGAAAAACACUACAGCUGCUGUCAGAGAUUAGUUGGGUCUCCUGGAUGUCAGGUUGCAAAGCUUCACGUUCAUGAUGGGAGAGGGGAGAAGUUGGAAGGCUUUAUGAAGACACUCACUAAAUCACCGCCUCUUGAUGGAAACUAUGGUGUAUAUGCUCUGGACUGUGAGAUGUGUUAUACAACUCAUGGCUUGGAACUAACUAGAGUGACAGUGGUUGAUGCAAAGCUACAGAUUGUUUAUGACACACUUGUUAAGCCAGAUGGUAAAGUUGUAGACUAUGAUGCAAGACUCUCUGGAGUAAAAGAGGAUGAUCUGAAGAAAGCCACAAUAUCUCUUCGGGCUGUACAGGCAAUACUGCUAAACUUGUUCAGUGCAGAUACAGUUUUAAUUGGACACUGCUUAGAAAAGGGCUUAUUUGUGCUUAAGCUAAUUCAUGACAAAGUAGUGGACACAUCAGUAGUGUUUCCUCAUCGGCUAGGUUUGCCUCACAGAAGAACGAUGAGAAGUCUGAUGGCUGAAUACCUCAGGAAAAUUCGUCAAGAUGAUGUUGCUGGUCAUAAUUCCAGGGAAGAUGCAACUGCUUGUAUGGAGCUAAUCCUUUGGAAGGUCAAGGAGGACAACAGAAUUAGGAAAUAG